UAGAUAGAUAGAUAGAUAGAUAGAUAGAUAGAUAGAUAGAUAGAUAGAUAGAUAGAUAGAUAUCAAAGAGACUCGCAGCUGCUAUAAUUAUACUACGUAUUUACUCAGGGUGACUUGUCACACUUUUCAAAUUUUACUUCUUUUUUUUUACAUAAAAUAUAUCAUUUUUCCCUCAAUUCACAAUUACGCAGUAUUUUAUGAGAUAGAAUUUUAUGUCUAUCACAUAAAAUUCCAAUAAUUUGUAUUAAUGUUUGUUGCUAUAAUCUCCAAAAAUGUGAGAAGAACACUUCUGCAAGGCACUAUACAUACUGUAGAUGUUUAAUAUAUUUGGCUGUUACCAGAUAUUUCUAGAAAACUAAGCAACAGUGUCCUCUCGUGAGUUAAAGCGGAACUGAAAGGAGCCAGUCUAAAGUCUUCUUCCGGCCACCGUACAUAUGACAAAAUGAAGAUUGUGGUUGUGAAUAAUAAUGAAGGAGUUUGAACUGUAAUCUGUGGCUCUAUUGCUCAUUUUUAGGUGUUUGGAGAUGGAAGAUGAAUGGGAAGAAGAGGAGCAGCUUGUUGUGGUGGAGCUCUCUGGAAUAAUCAACAAUGACUUUCUGACUAAGUGUCGGACGACAUGUAAGAUACUGGAUAUAGAUAGUGAAAGGCCCAUGAUGCAAGUUGGACAAUAUGUGUUUGCGGGCGAAUAUGAAGAUGCAUUGGGAACUUGCGUACUUUUUGAAGAGGCACCAAGAAAAGGACAAGCACAGAGCGACCCUGGCCUCAAAUACAUGUGUCACACUGUUAAGAAGUUGACGAUGCAACGAAUCUUUCUCACUGAAAAGAUGGAGGAUGAAACAAUUGCAGGGGGACAUGAUGACAAACAACAGGACACAACCUGCAUGUCUAAUGAAAGCGAAACUGACAAGGCUCAUGGCAUGGUAGAAGAAAUUCUGAACAACACAGAUUUGGAGGACUCUACAUUGGAGGACUCUACAGUUGACUGAGAUAGACAUUUCAUAUUAUGACUUCCCUUUGUGAGGAUAAGAAAUUUGUCUUUGAUUAAUUGUUUUUUUGCAUUUCCGCAGCAAAACAAGGACAGAUUUUUGUUCUGUAUGAUAAAAUCAAUUACUUAAUUUUGGAAGACACAGUUAUGCCUCCUCCUCACUGAGGUUCAAAAAUAUCCCCAAACUAAUAGUUGUUACGUAGUGUAAAUGGUUAAAUACUUUUUGGUUGAUAUCGGAUGUUUUUGAUUUUCUUUCAUGAUUUUUCUUUUCUGGUGUCAGGUUUGGCUGUAAGUGGCCUCACAGUGGGAUUCACAUAUCAUCCUUGCACCCUUGUAAAGGAAGCUCAUUACCAGAUGCUGAUAUCUCUAUUUUCUAUUGUUAAUGUCUCUGGAAGAAUAGUAACAAAUAGGGUAGUGGAUGGAGGUCCCUCUAUAACUUUUUAUUCCCAAUUGUGGUAAUUAAAAUUUACUAGACUGAAAUUGUUUUGUUUUGUUCUUUGUGUUGAAAUUGUUUCAACAUGGU